GAAGAGGCAGAGAAAGGGGAAGAGUAAGAAUGAUGAAGGGCAGGAAACUUCUACAGCUAGCUUAUAGCUGGCAGCUGCUUAUUGUUGACUUCUGGCUAGCUAAGUCAAUGCCCAAGUACUGUUUAGCUUUUAGGAGGAAGCUUCCAUCAGUGGAAGAGCGACUAGUGUUCUUGUUUAUUAAUUCCUUCCCUUAACUCUCCAGGCUCUAAGCUCUCUGACGAGAAAUUCUUGAGAGGAAGUAGGUUCUAUGUCUGACGUUACUCUGAAUGCGGAAUCGGUGGAGUCAACUCAGAACUCGGAACAGAAGGAGGGGGAAAGGUUGGGAAACUCUGAUUCAUCAAUCGUCAGUCUGCUCAGAGAUGCUGCUAAUGACAAUAAUAAGGUUGUUGAUGAUAUAGUAGAAGUAGGAGGUGGCGGGAAUGGAAUUGAAAAUGAAAACGACGCAGCGGUGACUACUGAACUUUCUCUGGGAAGCAAUGGAAGGGAAGUGGGCAAGGAUUUUGGGAAUUAUCAGGGGCAAGCUAGGCAAGAGAAUCUCUCGUUUGAAAUUGGACAGGAAAUUAGUGGGGGAGAGGUACAGGGAAAUAUCAGGAGGAGGAGGGGACCUAGGUCUAAGAGCUCACAGAACAGAGGAGUUACCUUCUACAGAAGGACUGAGAGAUGGGAAUCUCAUAGCUGGGAUGAAGGGAAACUAGUCCACCUAGGUGAAUUCGAUACUGCCCAUGCUGCACCAGCCAGAGCCUAUGAUCGAACAUCUAUCAAAUUCAAGGGUGUUGAAGCUGACAUCAAUUUUAGCUUAAGUGAUUCUGAGACGGAUCUGGUGCAGAUCAAUGUGCAGAUGAAGAAUUUGACCAAGGAAGAGUACACAUUCCGCAGACCAAGAACUCGUUUCUCAAGAGAGAGCCCCUUUGGCAAUAGCCACAGGGAAAGUGAAGAGCAUAUCCAUCCCAACUCAGGCUCUUGCGAUGUGGACAGCAGGGAUUCAAGGGGUCAAACUGAGGACAAUGAAAUCCAGUCUUGUCUUGCUUCCCCACCACCUCAUUCACCUGAGACUGAUCAUUUCGGCUGCAUGGAUGUUGAACAUGGCAAUGGCAUUUGCAGGACAUGCUGCAGAACACAGAAUUUGAAAAUGAAGGUCAAAGUUGAAAUCAAAGCUCUCGAGCGGAUGUUUGCUAUUGCCAACUUCAUUGUUGAGCUCUUGUCAAUAGUUUUCGAGCAGCUUUCCUCCCAGCAUUACUCUCUUUUUCUGCCAAUAUGCGUGGGGAUGUCUUUCCUGGCUCUGUUUAUUUGCACCUUCGAGCUUGCGUAUAAGGCUCAGAAAGAACGAGCUACUUGGCGGUGGUGUGGCACAAUACCUUGGUUUUAUUAUCCUUCUCAAAGCGGCAUUCGUCUUGGUUCUGUCAUGGACAUUGCUGCAUUGGUUUGUGCAUUUGGUCAAUGCAUUCUCACAAUAGUUGGUUAUUGUUUGUUCCUUAGGAAUGGUAAUAGCCCAAUCAAAAUAUCCAUUUGGGCUAGCGUCUUUGCCUCUUGUCAGUUGUGUUCCAAGUUCUGUGGAGAAUUCAAACAUGAAGUUCAUGGGCAAGACACUUUACCUGUGCUCAAUGCACCAAGCCUGUGUCACUGAUCUAUAGUCCCGCCAUGUGCAACGCUUAUCAUCGCCGCCUUCAACAUCAGGAGUGACUUCUUUUGAUGAGCAGCUGUACCAGUUGCAUCUUAACCUGGAAAACUCGAUGUUUUUCAUUUGAGGUAUCUCGUGUUAGUCAGUGAUUAUUUGGAAUUAUGCCUAAUGCAGUAUUCUGUUUGAUGCUGCUAAGACACAGAGUACUCAGUAAUAGAAAUUACUUGUAUUAUCCAGUAUUCUCUUUGAACCAAUAAUAUAAAUUUCAUUUUCACUUGUA